AUGCUGAAAGCUACUGGUGUUAACUUGUUUCAGGGAUCUAGGACGACGCUUCUUACUCGUCCUUGGGUGAAGUAUCGGGAUGGUACAUUGUUCUAUGGUGAGUCUAAGGCAGGUAACAAAAGGACACCUUUGACCACCAAACAAGGUAAUAAAGAUAUGUAUAAAGGUACUAGGUCUUCUGGUAUUGGUAGACAUACUAGGAAAGGUGGGUAUGUGAUCGAGUGGAGGAAAGUUCGUACUUUUGUCACGCCGAAGGAUUAUAAUAUGGAUUUGAAGCCUCUUGUAAGUCAUAAUGUACCAGAGUUGAAACACCAUUUUAAGGGAUAUAAAGGUGGUAUUAUGGAUGCGCAACUGUAUGCUGAUAAGUUGAAGGAAUAUGUUCUAAAAGGUAGGAUACAAAGCGAGGCAAGUGAUGUGGAUUGCUACAUUGAGCGAGGUUAG